AUGUGGGAGGCGUGUGGGUCUUUAUGCAAAGAAAAACUGGUAACAAAUGUUAGUCCACUCAAUGAGGACGUGGCUGAUGCAGUUACGACUAGCAGAGAGGAAAGAGCAACUGAUUCGGAAUAUGGAUUAGCUGGUAUGAGUAAAGAAAGAGAACAUGCGGGAGUUUGUACUCUUGUAAAAGGGGGUCCACUAUGUUUAAGUGAUGAAAGGCAAAAUGAUACUCGGCUUAAGGCUAAGGAGAUUGAGUUUAAAUUGUCCUCCUUAGAAUUGAGUAUACAAGAUCUGACAGAUGUUGUGAAAGAGCCUGAUGUCUGGGAGUUGACUUCUGGAGUCAAGAAGGAUAUUAGGGAGCAUGGUAGUUGUAGUCUGUCAGAGAAUGAGUUAAAUCUUAAAAGAAGCAUUAGGGUGCAAGAGCAUAGCAUGGAUUUGUCUUAUAAAUCUCAAAGAAAAGAGGAAGGUAAGCUUGCUGCAAACUCAGCCAUAAUAGUGGAAGCAUGUGUCAUUAGACAAGCUUGUUGUAUAGCCAUAACUGUAGGGUAUCCUUCACUAAUAGUGGAGUCAGACUCAAAAGCAUGUGUUGAUGCUUUGAAUAAUGGUAAUAAUUGCUUUUUGAGGGAAAUUGAGGCUAAAAUCAGGGAUAUGUUUUCUCCUGAUUGGAUGUGGUGGCCAACUGAGUUGUAUGACUCUACCAGGUGGGUUAACAGCCCAAUGUACAGGGAUGGAACAAUUUCUGGUCAUGGAGGCUAUAAGUCAAUAAGAAGAUUGACUUACAUCAUGUUGAGGAGGUGGUACGGUCAGAAUCAUCAGGAUAAUGGCUCUUCAGACCGAGAUGCAAAGGUCAGAGAACUAAGGGAUGCACUUGGACCCUUAUCUGGACGCAGCUUAAAGUAUUGCACCGAUGCCUGCCUGAGGAGAUAUUUGGAAGCUCGGAACUGGAAUGUUGACAAAUCAAAGAAAAUGUUGGAGGAGACACUGAAGUGGAGAUCAACCUAUAAGCCAGAGGAAAUCCAUUGGCAUGAAGUAGCACAUGAAGGUGAGACUGGCAAAGUUUCCAGAGCAAAUUUUCAUGAUCGACUAGGUAGAACCGUCCUCAUAAUGAGACCAGGAAAGCAGAACACAACAUCAGGUGAGGGUAAUCUCCGCCAUCUAGUCUAUCUCAUAGAAAAUGCCAUCCUGAGCCUGCCUGAGGGUCAAGAGCAGAUGUCAUGGUUAAUAGACUUCAAUGGAUGGUCAAUGAACACCAACAUCCCCAUUAAAACAGCUCGAGAUAUCAUUUACGUCUUACAGAACCACUACCCUGAGAGACUUGCCAUAGUAGUUCUCUACAGUCCACCAAGAAUUUUUGAGGCAUUUUGGAAGGUGGUGAAGUAUUUUGUGGAUCCAAAAACGUUUCAAAAGAUAAGGUUCGUUUACCCAAACAACAAAGGUAGUGUGGAGACCAUGAAGUCCUUUUUCGAUGAGGAAAACCUUCCGAGCGAGUUUGGAGGAAAAGCCACCUUGCAAUAUGACCAUGAGGAGUUUUCGAGGUUGAUGGCCGAGGAAGACGUGAAGACUGCCGAGUUCUGGGGAUUCGAUAGGAGCCUGUGUGACAACACCAAUGGGCACUUGGGAGCAGAGGUGGCUCCACCUAGAAUCUGA